UAUAGCAAAAAUUUGUCCCCCAUCGAACGAUCCCGUGAUUCCGAGACAGUCCAUCCGGGGAAGUACUGCUGAUUCUUGCCACUAACCUUUUUUCUAAUAAAGUGUCCAAAAGAACAAGUCCUGUUCUAUAAUCCAAAAAUGGAUGGAUUGGAUGCGGCCAGUACUACAGCAACGGAUCUUAAACCCUCUUCUGUCGGCGAUAACAGCAUUCUUCAGUUCACUCCACUGACUCACUGUGACAGCUCAGGGUGCCAAAGCAGAAAAGGAAUCCUCCCAUGGCGGCAGCAGCAGCUUCUUCCUCUUCCUCCUCCUCCUCUUCUUCUUCUUCUUCUUCUUCUUCUUCUUCCAUUUUCCCACUUAUCUUCCUUGCAAGAGUCUCAGGCUUGGCAGUGGCCUUCCUGGUCCUCUCAUGGGCCAUCAACUUCAAGGCCGGCUUCCUCCCACACUCCCCCUCCCAAGAAGACCUCAUCUAUGCCGUCCUGCAUCCCCUGCUGAUGGUCAUCGGCUUCAUCCUCGUCAGCGGAGAAGCAAUUCUGGUACACAAGUGGCUGCCGGGGUCGAGGAGCUUGAAGAAGUCGGUGCAUCUGAGCCUUCAGGGAGUGGCCUUGGCAUCCGGGGUGUUUGGGAUUUGGACCAAGUUCCAUGGGAACGACGGUGUCUUGGCAAAUUUCUACAGCCUCCAUUCAUGGAUGGGUUUAGUCUGCAUCUCCCUCUUUGGAGCUCAGUGGCUGAUGGGUUUCUUGAGCUUUUGGCACCGUGGGGAGGUUCGUUCGACGAGAAUGAAAGUCUUGCCGUGGCACAUCUUCCUUGGUCUCUAUACCUACGGGCUGGCCGUAGCCACUGCAGAGACCGGGCUUCUAGAGAAGCUGACGUUCCUGCAGACUACAAGGAAUGUGCCUAGACACUCUUCCGAGUCCAUGGUUGUUAACGGCUUGGGACUCGGACUCGCCCUACUCAGUGGCAUUGUAAUACUAGCGGCUGUUUCCCCGAUGUACGAUACUCUUCAGAGAAAACUUGUGUACACGGACCAAACCAAGAAUUUAACGUCUUAGCCCAUGCCGGGUUGUGUCAAUUGGCGUGAAAUCUGUUGUAUCAUGAAAUCUUCUUGUGUGGUGUUUUGGAAAUCCACAUUACCUGUGAAUGUGUGCA